AUGGUCGGAAAACCUGAGCCGGUCAACGGCACAGCCACUGCGAAGACCGGCCCAUCUCCGUCCCCGGCCACCUCCAUGUCAGGGCUGAAACCAGAUCUCCUCAACAACCUCUCAUUCAAAACCCUAAAACUCAAAACCAAGCAGCAGGAGCUCCUGAUCCGAGUCUCCAUCCUCUGCUUAGUCUACAUCCUCGCCUUCAUUACGCGCCUCUUCAGCGUCCUUCGCUACGAGUCCAUGAUCCAUGAGUUCGAUCCCUAUUUCAAUUACCGCACUACCCUCUACUUGACCGAGAAGGGCUUCUACGACUUCUGGAACUGGUUCGACUCCGAGAGCUGGUACCCCCUCGGCCGGAUCAUCGGCGGCACCCUCUACCCCGGCCUCAUGGUCACCGCCGCCCUCAUCUACUGGACUCUCCGAUUCCUCAGCUUCGCCGUUCACAUUCGCGAGGUCUGCGUUUUAACGGCGCCGUUUUUCGCCUCCAACACCACCCUUGUCGCCUAUUUCUUCGGCAAAGAGAUUUGGGACACCGGCGCCGGCCUUGUUGCCGCUGCUUUGAUCGCCAUUUGCCCCGGUUACAUCUCCAGAUCGGUCGCCGGCUCCUAUGACAAUGAGGGUGUCGCCAUUUUCGCCCUGCUCUUGACCUUUUACUUGUUUGUGAAGGCCGUCAACACCGGCUCGCUCGCUUGGGCCUUGGCCUCGGCGUUCGGCUAUUUCUACAUGGUCUCUGCUUGGGGAGGUUAUGUCUUUAUUAUCAACUUGAUUCCGCUUUACGUUUUGGUGCUUUUGAUCACCGGUCGCUAUUCCAUGAGGUUGUAUGUCGCCUACAAUUGCACAUAUAUUAUCGGAAUGUUGCUCGCUAUGCAAAUUCGCUUUGUCGGCUUUCAGCACGUGCAGUCUGGCGAGCAUAUGGCUGCCAUGGGCGUCUUCUUCUUGAUGCAGGUAUUUUACUUCUUAGAUUGGGUCAGGCACCUAUUGAGUGACACAAAGAUGUUUCAAGCCUUUCUAAGGAUCACUGUCACCUGUGCAGUAGGCGUUGGUGCCGUUGCUUUGGGAGUCGGCACUGCAUCUGGGUAUAUCUCUCCAUGGACCGGACGGUUUUAUUCCUUGCUAGACCCAACAUAUGCCAAGGAUCACAUUCCCAUUAUUGCAUCUGUCUCUGAACAUCAGCCAACGGCUUGGUCAUCUUUUAUGUUUGAUUUCCAUAUCUUACUCUUCCUUUUCCCUGCUGGUCUCUACUUCUGCUUCAAGCGGUUGUCAGAUGCCACUAUAUUUAUAGUUAUGUAUGGUCUUACAAGCAUGUAUUUCGCUGGUGUCAUGGUUCGGUUAAUUCUUGUUGCCACACCUGCAGUUUGUCUUAUUAGUGCCAUUGCUGUCUCUGCUACUAUAAAGAAUUUGACACAGUUGGUAAGGGCAAAGAACAAAGUUUCCCAGACGGGUUCCACCAAAGGAGGCAGCAGCACAAAAGGCUCUUCGAAGGGCUCUGUUGAUCAAUCUCAGCCUUUUCAAAGAAAUGGUGCUACCGUCUUACUUUUUGGUGCAUUUUACUUGCUUAGUAAGUAUGCAACCCACUGUACCUGGGUCACGUCAGAGGCAUACUCAUCUCCCUCAAUUGUUUUGGCUGCAAGAGGUGCCCAUGGGAACAGGGUCAUUUUUGAUGACUAUCGUGAAGCAUACUUUUGGCUUCGUCAGAAUACUCCUCCAGAUGCUAAAGUGAUGUCAUGGUGGGAUUAUGGGUACCAAAUCACUGCAAUGGGAAACAGAACUGUCAUAGUUGACAAUAACACCUGGAACAAUACACACAUUGCUACGGUUGGGCGUGCAAUGUCAUCUUAUGAAGAUGAGGCAUAUGAGAUAAUGAGAUCGCUUGAUGUGGAUUAUGUCUUAGUUGUAUUUGGUGGUGUUACUGGUUAUUCUUCUGAUGAUAUCAACAAAUUUCUGUGGAUGGUGAGAAUUGGGGGUGGAGUGUUUCCUGUGAUUAAGGAGCCCGAUUACCUCGUUAAUGGUGAAUAUCGGGUUGACAAAGGUGCUGCACCCAAGAUGUUGAACUGCCUCAUGUACAAGCUGUCUUACUAUCGAUUUGGAGAGCUGACGACAGAGUAUGGCAAACCACCUGGGUAUGAUCGUGCACGGGGGGUUGAAAUUGGAAAUAAGGAUAUCAAACUUGAACAUCUGGAAGAGGCAUUCACAACAUCUAAUUGGAUUGUUCGUAUUUACAAAGUCAAACCACCUAAUAAUAGGUGGUAG